GCACCAGGUACACGAGAAAGAAGAGUUCAAAGCCUUGAAAACCCUCAACAUUUUUUACCAAGCCGGGACGACGAAAGCUGGCAAUCCUGUCUUCUAUUACAUUGCUCGACGGUUUAAGACCGGCCAAAUCAAUGGGGACUUGCUGAUAUAUCACGUUUUGCUGACGCUGAAGCCUUACUACGCCAAGCCAUAUGAGAUCGUAGUGGACCUCACUCACGCCGGGCCCAGCAACCGUUUCAAGACAGACUUCCUGUCCAAGUGGUUUGUAGUUUUCCCAGGAUUCGCUUACGAAAAUGUCUCUGCCGUCUUCAUCUACAACUGCAACUCGUGGGUGAGGGAGUACACCAAGUACCACGAGCGACUCCUGACGGGCCUGAAAGGCAGCAAGAGGCUCAUUUUCAUUGACUCGCCUGGGAAAUUGGCUGAGCACAUAGACCACGACCAACAGAAACUUCCAGCGGCCACUUUGGCUUUGGAAGAAGACUUGAAAGUUUUCCACAAUGCCCUCAAACUGGCCCACAAAGACACCAAAGUUUCUAUUAAAGUUGGCUCCACAGCUGUCCAAGUGACUUCAGCUGAGCGCACCAGAGUCCUGGGCCAGACCGUGUUCCUGAAUGACAUUUACUACGCUUCUGAAAUAGAAGAAAUCUGCCUUGUGGAUGAGAACCAGUUCACCUUAACCAUUGCCAACCAAGGCACCCCUCUGACUUUCAUGCACCAGGAGUGCGAAGCUAUUGUACAGUCCAUCAUUCAUAUACGGACACGAUGGGAAUUAUCCCAGCCCGACUCUAUACCCCAACAUACCAAAAUCCGUCCCAAGGAUGUGCCAGGAACCCUGCUGAACAUCGCUCUGCUUAAUCUAGGGAGCUCAGACCCAAGUCUACGGUCUGCGGCCUAUAAUCUUCUCUGUGCCUUAACUUGUACUUUUAAUUUAAAGAUUGAAGGCCAAUUACUGGAAACGUCAGGUCUCUGUAUCCCUGCAAACAACACUCUUUUCAUUGUCUCCAUUAGUAAGACUCUGGCAGCUAACGAACCCCACCUUACCCUAGAGUUUUUGGAAGAAUGCAUUUCUGGAUUUAGCAAGUCUAGUAUUGAAUUAAAACACCUCUGCCUGGAAUAUAUGACCCCCUGGUUGUUGAAUCUGGUCCGUUUCUGCAAACAUAACGAUGAUGCUCGGCGCCAGCGAGUCACAGCAAUUCUCGAUAAGCUUAUCACAAUGACAAUAAAUGAGAAACAGAUGUAUCCUUCCAUUCAAGCCAAGAUAUGGGGUAGUUUGGGACAG